AACCCCACCCAACCCCUCGUGCCCUCCUCUCUCUCUCGAACCCUAGCGCUCCACUCCUCCCUGGCCGCCGCCACCUCCGGCGCCCUCUGUCCGGCGAGAUCCACGACUCCUCCUCCUCCUCUCUGGGUCGAUCCCCUCCAACCCACGACUCCACGACUCCUCCUGCUCCUCUCUGGAUCGAUCCACAACCGCUUCCAACCCAGCCGCCGCAGACCAUCCCGGCCUCCUCCACGCCAAUUCGAGCAACACUCCCCACUUCCAGACCAAACCCUAGCCUGAGACCCCUUCCUCCUCGAUGGCCAACCCCUCCAUGGCGGCCGGCGACGGGGUGCCGUUGGCGGAGGGGGUCCGUGCCGUUGGGGCCCAGAUCCGCAACCGCUUCCGCGUGGCGCCCGUCGACCGCGUGGCUGCGGCCCUGGCGACGCGAUGGUAGCAUCUGCCCUGGCGGCGUUGGCCAAUGAGAAACCGCGAGAUCCUCGACGCUGUGGGCACCACCGUAGCGGCGCUAAGCACCACCGAUGCCGAUGGGGUCCAACGAGGCGGACAAGCCGCUGCGGCGGAUCGGCGCGUCGUUCGAGCAGCUCGCGGCCGUCGCCAAGCAGCAGCAGCAGCCCGCGAUGGCGGCGGGGGACUUCUCACGCGCCUGCUCCAACGUCUCCGUCCUCUUCUGCUGCCUCGGCAUCGCCUUCAAGUUUGCGGAGAUGGACUACGUAGCCAAGGUCGCGGCGACCACCAAGAAGACACCCAACUCCUGCACCCCGAACUACCCUACCCGAGCCUGCCGUCGCAGCUGCUGUGUCAAGUCCACAACAUCACCAUGCAUGCUGACAAGGACAAUGACAGGUCUACGCACAGAUGACUCUGCAACCAAUAAACUCUAAGUACUGUCGGAAAGGGAGCUUGGUGAAGAUAUUCAUGACAUGCUGAACUGCGUUUUCUCUACAUGUGCUUUUAUCGGUUUGCAUGCUGCAUGUUUGAUGUUUUGCCUGAGCUGCGGACGAAAUGGUACUGAAUGCCUGAAAGUAAUGUUAACAAUGUUCAGUUUAAGUGUACAUUUCGAGAUCAGUGCCAGUGUUUAUAAACACUCAAAAUCUGUACAGUAUUUCUUAGAUUAACGAGUGCUUACUGUAUAAUUUAGGAAAGUUUUAAUAAUACUACAGCAGAUGCUAAUUAAAUCAGGAAGUGAAGCACUACCAAACGUACCGUAUACAAUGUUCAGUUCAAGUUUAAUUUUUAGUUUAGUGCCAGAGUUUAUCAUCAACCCAAAAAAUAUAUAUCUGAUUUUCACAUUGACGAGUAUUACUGCUUACUUCUCCCAUUCCUUGGUUGAAGACUCUGUUUCGAACCGAGCCUUGCAGCAAGGAGGGAAUGGUUGCGUCUGUUUUGUGCUUGGACGCCUUCUCCUAGUUGUGCUAAAAUUGAGGUGCAUGUUUAAUUAACAAGCACCUUUCAUCCCCACUGUGACAGUAAUGCAUUGAGGUGCCUCUGGACUGUAGUGUCUUAGGUUGCCAGGAGUAGUAAAACUUAGUGUUGUAUUGAGGAUUGAGGGUGGCUGGGCUUAUAAGUUAAUCAUCAGCGUGAAUGCUUUGUUUGUCUGAUACUCACAAGUUAAUGCUUCGCUCGUCUGGGUGUGUGAUAAUGCCAUGUGUCUUGUGCAAUCAGAUUACAUUUCUGUUUGUUAUGGUAAUAUAAAAAAUAUUCAUGCUGUCAAAAUUUUCACAGUGUGUGCCUUUCAUUUCUUUAGUUUGAUUGUUUCCCUUGUAUUCAAUAUGCUUCUAGUGGCUGAUCCUUCCAUUUUUGUUGUGGCAUCUUUAUUUUCACAGGUGUUGUGUGUUCUGGAAGAUGGAAGAGGAAGAAAACCUAUUUUUGUUGAACUAAAUUUUUUGUAUUCUGUUUUGUUGUACGUAUCAUUUGAUAGUUCUGUAUAGGAACAAGUGAUACUAUUUUGUAGGGCUUUAUGGCCUGUGAUGUAAAACAUAUUUAGUGCUGAAAUAUGAAAUUAUUUGCAAAA